AUGGAUGCACCCAGUUUCUCUGGACACGGAUGGGAGAUCGAUAACAAUGGACACGUGCACAUAACAUGGAUGACUUUGCCUCCAGCACCUGACUCCGUACUGGACUUUGUUAACUGUAAGUGCAAGACCGGUUGCAUCAAUAACGGUUGCUCUUGUAAAAAAGCUAACUUGAAAUGUUCCGAGCUCUGUAACUGUAGUAAUUGCCAGAAUGGUGCCAAUGGAGAUACAGACACAAUUGAGGAUGUUGAUUCUGACGACACAUAUAAUCCAGUUGAUAGCGAUAGCAGUGUAACUGAGUUCUAA